AGAAGUAGAGCGAGCGGAGUGAGAAUCGAACGCGAGAGCGACUCCGAAUGACGACGGAGCCGCGCGCGUACGAGAGCGAGAGAAGAGCCCGUCGUGUAUUGUGUGUAUCGCGAAUAGGCCGCGCGCGAAUACCUAUCGAGACGCGCGGAGCGCGCUGGCUAUAUGUGCGAUGUCUCGAUGUGUCCGUGUGUUCGUCGGAUGUUCGACGGUGUGCAGCGCGCGGUGGGACAGACGGAGAGAGAGUCGGCGUGUGUUCCAGGAGCGCGCGCGUGUGCGCGCGAGGGCGGCUGUUCGCGGUGCUUCGCGAUAUCGUGCGCGAUGAUUAUGUCGCGGGUGGUGCGCGGCCAGGUAGACCGCUCUUUGCUAGCGACCUUCGCCGCGGCCUUUUUUGCGGCGUGCGCGCGCGUCCCGACAACAACGACGCUGGCGAUGCUGACGACGGCGGUUUCCGCGCGCUCCGCCACACGGAGAAGCGGAAAAAGAUGGGAGAGCAAUGUGGAGCAAGCGUAGGAUCUUUCGAGAGCGUAGGAUGUAAACGAGCACGAUAGUACGAUGUAUAAGCGCGAGCGCAGGGAAGACCUGCUCGACGUCCUUGAGUUAGUCGGCAAUAAUUUCCGGAUGAAUUUGAAUGGGCACUGCGCGCGCCUUCUCUCUCUCCUCCGCCUCUUUCGCGAUCAUUCUCACUCUUAAACUCUCUUCUUCUCUCUACCCGUCUAUCUAUCUUUUUCUCUCCGUCUCGUCAGGAUUGUGUCUCUGCCUUCAUUCCGACCGACCAUGUUCCCGCCGUCGUAUCGUCGCUUCCUUCUCUCCCUUCAGACUUUCCUGCUCUUUCUCUCCGCGCUGUGACACAGGGGUUCUCAUCCGGUGCGGAAGGUAAAGUUCCCAUUACUGUGGUUUAGAAACACCCUCUGCGAUGCUUCACCAUCUGCCGUUUCUAAGGGACGUGCCCUCGAUCGGUGGCGGAGGGGAAUAUUGAUUUAUUCUUUACGGUAACCCCUUCUACGUGCUGAACGCUCUUGCUUUCCCCUCCCUAUGCGUAUAUACGUCGACCUGAUAUGUGUAUUCGCACACACACACACGCAGAGCGUUACUCAGAGCAGGGGUGCUGCUCAGUUUCCCCUUCCCUGUCGCUCGAGGGGCAAUACGAUCAAUACAGUUCUGCUCCUUCUUCACUUCGAAUUCUGUCGUCACCCUUGCAGAGUACAGCGCCAAAUUCACGCACCAUUCGAUUGAAAUCAAUCGAAAUGUAACCAGAUAUAUCGCUAGUUUAGAUUUUUGACGACGACUCAGCACGCAGGUAGACAAAUUCUUCGGAGAUAACAAAGGGAAAAGGUUAUUAUUGUUCUGUGGAAAGUGACCGUUACAAAGCUGUAAAAUGGAGGGCAACGGUCCUGGAAUUAGCAGACUUGAUUGUUACGAGGACAUGUUUAAGGAAAUUACCAGAAAACUCUACGGCGAGGAUCCCGAUCAUAGAACGUCGAGUGUGCAAAAUGAGUUCGAGGCAUCAGUUUCAUAUAAAAAUGAUGAGGAUACCGGAAAUACCGAUAUUAGUGAUGAUGGAAAUUGGACGUAUGAAGAGGAAGCGCUCAAAGGAACUGACGGGAGUCGAAUCGCCGCUUACCACGCCGGAAAAGCUAUGUGGCGAUGCGACGAGUGCGGUGAUGUCACGGGAGGUGGUCCUCGAGAAGCUGCAGAGCACUUUAUGGAACUGCAUUCCUCAAGGUUUCUCGUCGAUGGCAGGAAUCGACACCAUUCGCCGCGUAAAGAUUAUUUGCAGACAGACAUUAAAGUCGAAGACGUAGUUUUGUACCUAGAGAGGCUCCGCGAACGCGCCGAACGGGCGGCUCCACCAUCUCGAAGAACACAGGAAACGCAAACUGUGCCUGCAGCUUUAUUGCCGGUCACUUCGAGCUUUCUUUUACAGGAACUGCCAUCCGCUGCUGCGCCACAACAUUUACAACAGACAACUGCGGUCGCUACCGCCGCAACAGCGUCCACGGGAGAAAAACGGUAUAAAUGUAUGUAUUGCACCUACGGCACGGAUAGGCGCGACCUUUACACGCGCCACGAGAAUAUUCACCGUGAGGAGAAGCCCUUCCUAUGCUACAUCUGCAACAAACCGUUCAACCGUGCCGAUCACGUGAAGAAGCACUUUAUGCGAAUGCACCGCGAGCACACCUACGAUCUGGCGCGUAUACGAAGACCGGUGGGCACAACGACAACUUCGCGACCGUUACAACAGGAUGCGGGCGCGUCGACGGCAGCUGCGACCGUCACCGCGAAUAACCAACAGCAGCAGCAGCAGCAGCAACAGCAACAGCAACAGCAGCAGCAGCAGCAGCAGCAGCAGCAGCAGCAGCAGCAUAUCAAUUAUCAGUCUGCUUUUACAAGCAACAAGGGUUAUCCGUUGCAGCCGACUGCGUCGGGUUCUGGCGCCAGUACUCUUAAUCUUUAUCAAGCCGCUAUGCCCGCGCCGGGGAUCAUGCAGUCCGAUGCGAAUAAUUGCAAUGCGAACAGGCGAGGACCGAGUGGCGGCUGCAAUAGUAAGAGUCAUCUUAAAGGUGGCUCCAAAAACGCGCAAGAACGAAGAUACUCUUGCUUGUACUGUCCAUGGAGUGGUGUUGAUAACUGGUGUCUGAAGCGACACAUGAACACUCACACGAAACCUUUCGAAUGCGGUUUAUGCGAGUACAAAGCGGCGCGCGCCGAACGACUAGCGACGCACGUAUUGAAAGUUCACAAUAAGAGACAGUGCUCGAGAUGCUCGUUUCUCGGUGACGACGUGACGCAAUUGCAAAUACAUCAGCAGCACGUUCAUCGUAUGAACAGUGCGCCAUCGACGUCCACCACGCAGACAGUGGCACCGCCACCGAGUAACCGUCUACCACAAUCUUUGCACCCUGUAGGAGGACGACCACCACCUGGGCCACCAGUUUUUCCAGCAUCGGCUCCAAUCUCACCUGCUACUCCUGCGAUACCACCGAGCACAAUACUCGGUGACCGGCCAUUGUUCAAUGGAGUAGCCAACGUCGAAGUAUCGUUGCCAGGCCCUUCGCGAUACGAAAGGCAGGAUAUGCAGACGACACAAGUCAGUGCAGUCUACUGGAAAGUUUUAUCGAGGUUUCUCGAAACGAUGAAGAGGAAUGAGAAGGAAACGAUGAAGAGGAAUGAGAAGGAAACGAUGAAGAGGAAUGAGAAGGAAACGAUGAAGGACAAUGAGAAGGAAAACCAAGAAAAGAGGCAGCACAAGAGACGAAGGAAGCAGAGCCAACCGAAACAGGUAAUUUGUCAUUGGGAUUCCCGAAAGCGCUAUGUGAUACCUGUUCUGCGCUUGCAAAAUAUAAAAGACGUCGUACUAAAUGAACAGAGAACAAGCAGUAACGCAUAUAAAUUCUCUGAACUUCAACCGAGUAUAUUGCGACAACCAAGAAUGUUUAAAUGCCAUAUGUGUCCAAAGUACGCGCCCGCCCGAGGAAUAAACCGUCUCCCGUACCACAGCAGAGCAUCGUUGAUACUCCACACACUGUGGCGGCAUAAGCGGAGAUCUUGGUUAGCCAAGACUCACGUGUCGAAAGCUCUGCCGUCAAUCGUCUCCUCGAUCACGUUGAAGGCCACGUUCUUUACCAGACCGAACUAUAGUUAUCACAGAUAACAGCAGCGGGAUCUGGGAGUGGCUGAAGGGCCGCUUUUUUCACCAGACCAAGUUAUUGUAGAUAACAGAAUAGUAGCAACUGAACCUGGGAGUGGCUGGAUAAAUCAUUCUCGAAUUAAAUUUUAAAUAGAUCAUAUAACAUUUAUUAUAUGACUUUUUUCAAAGAAAACUCUUUUUGAAGAAUUUCUAGCUUAAAUUUUGAUAUAUAUCUCUGAUACUUUUGUAUCUGUCGAUUCUCCAUGCUAGUUUUACAAUUCAAUCGAUUCUUUCGUCACAAUGGGAGGAAUAAUUUUAAUUUAUUGCAAAGAUAAUUUUAUGCUCGCACAAGAAGAAAAAGUCUACGUUUGUAUUAUAAUAGUUUAUAUAUUUAUAAAAAAAAUUAUAAGAAUUGUUAUAUAUUCUCAUUGUAUAUUUAGUGCAGAAUAGUUCAUUCUUAUUAAUAAUAUUAAAAUGCUUGUGUUUAAGAUGUGGAAUGCAAGCAUCAAUGUAGUUAUUACUCUUUUCUUCAGUAUAAUGAUAAAAUUUUUACAUUUCUA